UUUUCGUGCUGUCCACGCAAGCGGUCCAACACAGUAGCAGAUCGCGCGCACCCUGGGAGCGUGCAUUCAGACGAUCGCCCGCAGGACACGCGACGGCACCAGCGCGGCGGCAGGAACACGCAGGGAGCUUCGCGAGGGAGGGGAGCCCUGCAGUUGAGGGCGCACUAUAUGAGAAAGAGACCAGGUCACAAAUGACUUAUUUGUUCUACGAAGACAGAUUUAGGACAAAUGUGUCCGAUCAUCAGUGGUGCAUGCCACACAAGAGGAACUCCCAAACUUUGGGGCUCAGCUCAGCUACUGAGAACAUCCCAUUUAAAAACAAAUCCACAUCUCCUGCGAGGGAAUCUUUAUGCCUAUCCCCGCCAGCACCAAAUCAGAGGGCUUCUGAGGAAGAAGAAAACAAAUUGUGUACCGUCAGGAUUAUGACCACAAGGGCUGUGCUACAGUUCAGCUCCAACUCACAGAGGUCUUCGUAAGCCCACGUGUCCCUUUGAGUAGCCAUGUUAGCACUUCCUGGGCUCCCAGGGGAGCAACGCAGUAACACCUCCCUCCCAGGGUCCAUCAUGGCUAUUUUGCUGGACAGAAUCCAUGACACCGAGUCCAGUGUUUCACCAGGGACUCCUCACCUGUGUCUGCUGAAUCAGUCUCAGAGAGACUGUGAGCUGGACUUCUGGUGCUCUGAGGAGUCCCAAGGUGGGAGCAGCUCCCUGGGGCCUGCCAUCUCCUUAGUUCUGCCCAUAAUCUAUGCCCUUAUCUGUGCCAGUGGUGUUCUGGCUAAUGGACUGGUGAUCUCCGUCGUGCUGGGUUGCAAGCAGAAGGUAGUGUCGGAUAUCUACAUCCUGAAUUUGGCGGUGGCUGACUUGCUUUUCCUGGUUGGGAUGCCGUUCAUCAUUCAUCAGCUUCUUCAGGAACAAGGCUGGGUUUUCGGGGACUUCCUGUGUUGGGCUGCUACCACCAUCGAUCUCAACAACCAGUUCAGCAGCGUGGCCAUUGUCACCCUGCUCUGCAUAGACAGGUAUGUGGCAGUAGUAUACUCCUCUACCAUUGGCCAGAAACGAACCUUGCGCUGUACGGCUUUGAUCAACGCUGCUGUAUGGGCUGGAAGCUUAGCUCUGUCCACGCCUGCUAUGCUGUAUGCCCGGGUACAUUGGGACAACACAACUGAGAUCUGUCUGAUUGACUUACCAGGUCCCCACAGUAUGUACUGGUACACCCUCUACCAAUCGCUGGUAGCCUUCUUGUUGCCCUUGCUGGUGAUUACUGUGCUGUAUUCGUUGACUCUGCACCACCUGUUCCGUGCCAUGCGUCGUGUGCGUAGGGAGGCAUCUGCCCGCAGCCGGAAGGUGACCCGCAUGGCCCUUACUAUCAUUGCUGCCUUUUUUGUCUGCUGGACACCCUACCACGUGCUGCAAUUGGUCAAUCUAACGGCCACACCUUCCGCUACCUUCUUCUACUUGUACCAGGCCACUAUAUGCCUCAGCUACGCUCAUAGCUGUGUCAGUCCCAUCCUGGUUAUUUUCUGCACCGAGUUCUUCCGCGAGAGGAUGGCCCAGUCCAGGUGGAGGUACUGCAGAUUUCUCACUAGAUGGAGGAGGACGCGGCAAAAAGGUUCCGUUUCUAUCACAGCUGUGUUGUACAGCCCUGAAGUGAGCCAUGCUGUGUCUCCAUGCAGUCGCAGCCCAUUUGGGACAGGAAGGGCUUUAAGUUCGCUGACAGAAGCCACUGGAUUCAGUGAUGUUGUCAGUGGCCAUGAGGAAGAACCCCUGUGAUUGCUGCGGGGUAUGGUGAUGAUGUUUAUCCUGAAGCACAUGACUCAGGACAUGUUGCAGUUCCGGGAGGGGGUUCAAGUGGUGUGGAUGAAGCACAUCACAGUCUAGGAGCCUCCUGGUCACAGGAGAGUUGUGGUAGAAGGGCAUCUUUUUGCAAGAUCAGAUAGAAACCAUCCACGAACUCUUUGGAAGAGAAUUGGAUUAGGAUACUUUGAGUCGUGGGUGAGAUGGCUUGUGGCAGCCUUAGGCUUUAGCAUUCUGUGCUGACUGCGUUAAGAAGCCUUCAUUGUCAGCGGUCAUUUAAACAUCCAGAAAAACUGGAAGGAGGUGUGAUAACGUCUGAGCAAAGAGAAAAUGUGAGAGAUUACUGGAUCUUUACUAGUGAGGGAAGAAAGGCCUGAGGGAAAGGCUAGAAGGAUGUCGUAAAGAUCGGUAAUGUUUAUGGGCUUGUGGAAAAAAACAUACUGUAAGUGUGAUUUUAAAAAAAAACAAAUCUGGUGGAAUAAAUGGUGCAAACUGCAACUGUAUGUAUGUAUACUGGGGAGAGAGAUUCUAAGCAUACUUGAUAGGAAGUUUGAAUAUAGUAAAUUUUAUUCUGAAUAACCGUAUAAUGGAGUGGGAGGUCAGUGAGGACAAUCUAAACCAAUGUAUCUUGUGUGUACAUAAGAGCAUUCCUGGUAAUCUAUACGUAUAUUACAUAACAUUGUUGAAUUCUUCUUUGACA